GCAACUGGAGUAUAAAGUAUACAAAUUUCUGGACGCUGGGCAUGGUAUACCUUGUGUGCACAACUACUACAGCGACACCAAAUAUAAUAUACUGGUGAUGGAGUUGCUCGGACCGUCGCUUGAGGAGCUGUUCAAUUUCUGCUCACGUCGCUUCUCGCUGACGGUCCUCAUGCUGGCCGUGCAGAUGAUCGAUCGGGUUCAGUUUAUGCACGAGAAGGGCAUUUUGCAUCGCGAUAUAAAACCCGAUAACUUUGUGAUGGGCAGAGGGAUUGUUCAAAAUAGGUUGUACAUCAUUGACUUUGGCCUGACCAAAAAGUACUUCGAUGACGAACAGAACGUUCACAUACCAUUGAGGCAGUACCAUCAUAUAACGGGCACCCCGCGUUAUGCAUCGGCUAAUGCUCUCAUGGGAUAUGAGCUCGGCCGUCGCGAUGAUAUGAUUUCUUUGGGCUAUGUCCUGAUCUACUUUCUGCGUGGCGGUCUGCCCUGGCAGGGGAUAACUGGAACCCGUCGACAAAGAUCCGAGAUUCUGACCGAGAAGAAGCUAUCCAUUACGCCCGAGGAGCUGUGCAAGGGCUAUCCGCAUGAGUUUGCCGCGUAUCUGUUGCACUGUCAAGUCACCGUGUUCGAGAAGCCGCCCAACUAUUUGCACCUUCGUCGCAGUUUCUGCGAUCUAUUCUCUCGCCUAAAAUACAUCCAUGACGAUGUCUACGAUUGGCAAUUGCUGAUUGACUUGAGAAAAGCACACGACAAGGAAGACAAGGAUAAGGAAACAAAUAAGACUGCAUCCAGCAAAUAGUCAAAAUAUCAUAUGGUCAUUGACCAAACUUGGCGCAUUAAAAUGGACCAGCCAAAAACAUCCACUAAAGAGGGCCCUA